AGUUCAGCUGUGGCUGAGAGGCUUCCGUCUCACAUGGUUCAGCUGCUGUCAGCUUGCCGCUGAAACCUCUGGGAAGACUUAAUUAGAAGCUGGAUUAAGUAUUAAAGAUAAAUCCCUGGGGCAGCUCGGGGGAUGUUCACUCAGGGCAUGUGUCAAGGCUUUUUCAAUGCCAGAAGAACAACGGCAAACUACAAUGGCAGUUGAUGAACUUCAAGCCAUAAUACAAAGAUGUCAAAUUCUGGAAGAAGCUGACUUCAAAGGAGAAGAUUUUAAUCUGUUUCAGGUAGCAGGUCAGAAAUGUUUAGAAGAUGGGUAUGCAGCUCAGUUAUUAGAAGUAAUUCAAAAUGAGAAAAAUAAGGUUAUCAUCAAGAAUAUGGGCUGGAAUCUCAUCUCUCCCCUGGUUAGAUGUAUUUUCAUGUAUAAAAAGGAAGAUGAUAAGCGAGAACACUGCUUGAAGAUACUAGAGCAGUUGGCAGAGCUAUGCAAUCCAAAGGAACUUUUUUUGGGUUUACUUGAGCAGAUUGAGCAGACCUCUGGAGAGCAAGUGUGCCAAACUGUCAUGUUAUUGCUUCAGCCUUUGCAGACAGUGCUUUUGAAGCUUCAGAACAAGAAGGCCUACUCAGUGGGUUUAUCUUUGGCCAUGAUUAUGAAUCAGCUUACUCCCUUACCUGUACCAUAUACAAAACAACAAAUACAAGAAGAUAAACUGGGUCUCUGUCAGUGUUGUAAUGCAGUGGUGGACUUCACUAAACCUUUUGUGAAUGAAGUUGUUAAAAACAUGGAGAAGUCAUCAGAAUAUAAUGACACAGAGCUGAAAGAAGAAUUAUUAAAAUUCUGUAUGAAAAGCCUGAAAUACCCAUUAUUGACAGCUCAGCUUGAAGAACUUGAAGGCAUUGAUGAACAUCCCUUUCGGCAUUUUGCAGCUGCAAUUAUUGACAUUUUGUGGGAUAUAAAAGAACUGAUACCAUUGGUAUUUUUACAUCGUAAAAGCAAAAAUGCAGAGUGGGAGAAUCAGGAGUUUGCAGACAUAGAGCAAAAGAAUAUUGCUGAUUCUUUGGCCUGCCUAUCGUAUCUGAUGGUUGUUCAGCAUUUUGGUAUGGAUUGCUUUCCGAUGGUAUUUAGUCCAUCAUACCUUCUGCAAUGCAAUAUGACGAGUAUUGAAGUACUACUGAAAAGAACAGAAGAAUCUGUUUUAUCUAAAGGACUUGAUCUGUUUGAGAGCUGUUUGUUGAGGAUGGAAGAUAAUAGCCUUCUCCAUCAGUAUUUAGAAUUCAGAGAUUUUAUUAAUGUACCUCAGGAUUUGGUGAAAGUUAUGACCCUUUGUCCCAUAGAGCAUCUGAGAAAGAAAAGUUUAAAUGUUUUUCAGUUGUACAUACAUAAGUUUGACACAGAGGGAAAACAUACAUUAUUCAGGUGUCUUCUGAAGACAAGCAACCAUGCUGGUGUGGAGGGAUACGUUAUUAAAAAUAUAAAAGAUCAGAUUCACUUAUCAUUAACGAAGGCAUGUGACAACACUUGGUUUACAGGACAUCACUUGAUCUCCCUUCUAGAUAUAGUGUUUUUGCUUCCAGAAGGUGCUGAGACAGAUCUUCUGCAACACUCCGAUAGGAUUAUGGCAUCACUAAAUCUACUGAGAUACUUGGUCAUUAAAGAUUGCGAAAGUGAUAAUCAGACUGGAGUAUGGACCAUGAUUCCCAGGGUUGAGCAAAAUUUUUUAAAGCCACUGCAUGUAGGACUCAAUAUGUCAAAAGCACACUAUGAAGCAGAAAUAAAGAAUAAGAAAGAGAACAAAAAAGAGACACAGAGUCCUAACACAGUUUGUUCUGUAACUGUUGGUGGGGAAAAGAUGCCUGCCAUGACUACUGAAAUGCAGCUACAGGUUUUACACUCCGCUCUCUUCACUUUUGAUUUAAUAGAAAGUGUUCUGGCUCGAGUAGAAGAACUUAUUGAAGUGAAAACAAAAGCUGUAAUGGAUGAAAAUAGUUAGGUCAGGUGAAGUAUUUGAAUUAAUAUACUUCUUUAGAAGAUCAUUUUGACUGUGAGACUUUAGCUGAAAAGUAGGUACCAACCUUUAAAGAACAGCAGUUUAGAGUAGCCUCUAGAAGAACUGCAAAUGCUGCUCUUCAUAAGUCUUCAUUCUUUUUUAUUUUAUUUUGCUAUUGUUAUAUGGGUUUCACAGAGAUGGCCUAUUUUCUCAAGCACUCCUUGCCAGAAACUGAUGCUUUUUCUGAAGUUUAGAAAUGAAAGCUGAGGGGUUUUUUUUUGUUCUUUUGUCAUGGCAAGGAGAUAAUGGUUGUGCAUUUAUUUUUCUGUUCAUUUUCAGAAUUUGUUAGAUAAUAGUUGCUGAAUGGUGUUGUGAAUGAAUUACAAAGGUUUUUAUAAAGUGACUGGAGAAGCAUUAAUUAAAAAGCACUGCUUAAGCACAAGGUAUUUUUAUUAACACUUUGUAAAUAUGAAAGUUUAUAUGCCAAUAUUAAACCAGGACUCUAAGAUUCACAUAGAUAAUAGUAGAAACAUUAUGGUGAGGAAAACCAGGUUUAAA